UGUUUGGGGGGCCUCCUGGGAGGGGGUCUCCUGGGAGGCCCUUGUCGCCACCUUUGGGUUCGCCUCGGAAUGCUGAUCGGGACGCGCCCCGGGAGACGCCCGGCGAGCAGUGGCAUUGGUAGCUUUUGGCGUCUCCACUUGGAGCCCCCUCGGCACCCCCUUGCCGUGAGGUAAGGCUUCGGGCUGCGCUCGCACGGCCCCCGCGGGCCCUCAACGGCGGCGAACAUAUCCGUGCCCGACGCCUUGCCAUCGUCAUGUGCCGCGCGUGGGCGCUGCUCGCCGCCCUCGGGGCCUGCGCGACGGCGGCGGCCUCCGGCGGCGGCCACGUGAGCCGGCUCCACGCCCGGCAAGAUGAACGAUAGGAAGUGCAACGUCGUUCUGAAGGACGCUGUUCCCGCGGACGCCGUCGCAGGCUUCAGCUUUGUGUGCGACACCUGUGGCUGGUACCACGGUGACGGCGGCAGCGGCUUCCCCGCAUCCGCGGGCUCUGGCGGUUGCCACUCGUACCUGUUCCUGAAGGGCACCGCGCCGUGCUCGUCGUACGGGCCGUGCGACGGCUGCGUCAGCCCGGCAGGGGAGGUCGUGCACACCUUCAGGAUGAACAACACUUGCGACAGGGACUGCUCGGGCGAGACGGUGCCGUGCGGCGGCCUCCGCUGAUGCGCCCGAGGCGUCCUUCGUCCACUAGCAGUUAGGGCACCGGCCCUGACCAGACAAAGGAGGUCAAACCCCGCACUCGCUGACAAAUGUGCAGGCCUUUUUUUUGGCUCCGCCUGUCCCGCCUGAGCGGAGGCGCCCUCUCCCGUGGGGGGGGGCACAACGGGCCACGGAACGAAGCUGCCCAGAGGCAUGCAGAGAUCUUAGUAGGGGAUGUCUACUCGCCACAGUUCGAUUGAAUUUCUGCCAGUGUGUGCCCAAAUAGUUAACCGUCGGGACCGACGUCGUUUCUGCUGAGUGUCAAAAGACGCCGGCAGUGUACGGACAGCAUGAUUUGAGCUCAAUGGCAGUUGGGGCCCUGGUGGUCGUCAGUGCUUGUUUCACUUUAGCUCAGCUUGCAUGCCUCACUCGGUGCCAAGUAGCAGCCGGUUAGCAGGAUAACCCUCGCGCCCCGUGGGCGUGAGGACUAGAGUUCGGGUUCGAGCGCGCGCAUCGUAAGUUGCCAGCUGGGCGGAGGCCAGAAUUCAGGUAUCGUUAUGCACUGCUUGCGCCGUCUCGAGGUAGCGCUUCCGCUCUUGGUCCGACCAGCGCUGGC